UCACGCAGAGGGUUGCAACUUUCCUGAACACAAAGUUUGUCUCAACGACGUUUUGAAUAUUGCUCCAGAGCCUUUAAGACCUCAAGAGCUACCGGACGCUACAAUGAACUCCAGCGCACACACGACUCUAAUGAUCAUCAUCGGUUUCCUGGCUGUGCUGCUGAUGACCGUCGUCGCAGCUCCUAUGGAACCGGAUGAAGAUCGAUCGGACAAUGCAUUGGUAGCUCGACCGGAAGACGUUGCAGAUAUGGCCGUACAGUGGGAUGCUCUGAAUACUGCUGCACUGCGCAAACUCCUACUGCAAUUGGAUGCCGAUGACAGGUUGGGCAUGGGAGCCAGAGUUAGUCGUUCUUGGCCGCAGACGGAGCCACGUGGUUGGGGACUGCGAGCGAUGGACGGCAGGAUCGCCAGGCAAUGGCGCGCCGACAAGAGACAGGUCCGCUUCCGACAAUGCUACUUCAACCCGAUCUCUUGCUUCCGCAAGUGAGCUACCGGAAACAAUGACCCAUAUCUCCUAUAUAGCUAUUUGUAAACUACGAAAUAUUUGUCACACGUUUACAUAAUUGAUACGAUGUUAUUAAACUCUAUUUUUGCUGUUUUAUGAACAAUUAAUGUUAAUUGUUAUUGAAUACCUAGUCAAAUUUAUUAUAUGUCAAUCUUAGUAUAUUUUCGAACAGGCCUAGUGAAAAAACGAAAUUCAUCUGAAAUUCGUCUAUUUUGUAGCGUUUUAAAUAUACAAUUCUCAUGAUGGAAUAAAAAAGUGUACGCUGUUCCAUUUCCGGGUACCCUUUGUAAACGAUUUCAAUACAUUCUUAUUAUAAUAAAUUAUGAGUAAAAUGUCGUGUUGAAUACAUUUUCCUGCUUUUUAUAUUUAUCAGAAACUCUUUUGCAAAUUAGAAUUUACAUAUAAGAAUAAAUGUUUAGAUUAUUAGAUUAAUAGCAAAAAUAUUUUUACAAAAUUUUAAAUAUUUCAAAAUCAUU